CACAAACCGGACAAACCGAAAAGGCAACACUGAAACCUGGAGCAGAAACCCGCUGCUGGAGUUGUGUGUAUUCAUUUAUCUUUGUGUGGCCUUUUUUGUUUCCUAUACACCUUUUUUUUUGCGCAUAAUUCCACCGUGUGGUACCGAGGAGCGCCAUGAAAUCCAUUGAGAAGUUGUGGAGUUGCUGUCAGCUAUGGGUGAAGUAGUCAUUAGGACGUGGAAAUCUGCUGUGGAGAAGUCCAACAACAGAACCUCAGGAUCAACAGGACUGCGAGGAGCGCUCCCUUUCUGCACAAUCUAAAACAAUGGAAGAGGCUCCAUGCCUUUACGCGGAUACAACACUGAGCCCAGACAACGCGCUGUAGAGGGGCUGAGAUGGUCUAAAAGCACACUUUAUUGUGGAGGUUUGCACACAUAAAGAGGAGUUAAUCCAAUGAGAGGGCUGAUGGUAAAGUAAUUACCGGUGUCAGCUGCGAAUAGACACACAAAUCUGGUAUUUCGACAACACGCCGACUGACACCAUGUGGAGCCCGGGGACGUGGAUGUGGAGAGCGGCUGUGUGCUGCAUGCUUCUGGAAACAUUUCUGCACACUGCGAGAGGUCUUAACAUGUGUAUGGGUGGCAGCGCUACUUCCUGUGAAGAAUGCCUCCUGAUUCACCGCAGUUGCGCCUGGUGCGCACAAGAGGAGUUUGGGAGGGGGCGGACUCUGACACGCUGUGAUUUCAGUCAGAACCUGCAGAAGAGAGGCUGUGACGCUCGGUUCAUCGAGUACCCCACCAGCAGCGUCUCGGUGCUGCACAACAUGCCUCUGAGCUCCAAAGGGUCCGGGUGGACCCAGAACGACGUGGUUCAGAUUCAGCCUCAGAAACUCUCCCUCAGCCUGCGGCCAGGAGACCAGACCUCGUUUGAGCUGCAGGUGCGGCAGGUGGAGGAUUACCCCGUGGAUCUCUACUACCUGAUGGACCUCUCUCUCUCCAUGAAGGACGAUCUGGAGACCAUCCGUAACCUGGGCACCAAGCUGGCCCUGGAGAUGGGAAAGCUCACCAGCAACUUCAGGCUAGGCUUCGGCUCCUUCGUGGACAAAAACAUGUCGCCCUUCUCCUACACUGCUCCCAAGUACCAGGAGAAUCCGUGCAAUGGAUACAAACUGUUCCCCAACUGCGUCCCCACCUUCGGUUUCCGCCACAUCCUCUCGCUGACGGACAAAGUGGACCGCUUCAACCAGGAGGUGCAGAAGCAGAUGGUGUCUCGCAACCGCGACGCUCCGGAGGGCGGGUUCGACGCCAUCCUGCAGGCCGCCGUUUGUAAGGAGGAGAUCGGCUGGAGGAAGGAGGCGUACCACCUGCUGGUGUUCGCCACAGACGAUGUUCCUCACCUGGCUCUGGACGGACGGCUGGGGGGCCUCGUGCAGCCCCACGACGGGGAGUGCCACCUCAACGACAAGAACGAGUACAGCGCCUCCACACAGAUGGACUAUCCCUCUCUGGCUCUGCUGGGGGAGAAACUGGCCGAAAAUAAUAUCUUCCUCAUCUUCGCCGUGACGAAACGCCUCUACGUUAUUUACAAGAACUUCACUGCACUCAUACCUGGAACCACGGUAGAAAUCCUGGACACGGACUCUAAGAACGUCAUUCAGCUGAUCAUCGCAGCGUACAACAAUAUCCGCUCUAAAGUGGAGCUGUCGGUGUGGGAGCACCCGGAGGACAUCAGCCUCUCGUUCACCGCCACCUGCCAGGACGGGAAGCCGCUGCCGGGCCUCAGGAAGUGUGCCGACCUGAAGAUAGGAGACACUGUAUCGUUUAACGUGAGUGUGGAGGCGAGGAGCUGCCCCCCCCGCGGCACCGAGCAGAGCUUCACCAUCAAGCCGGUGGGAUUUAAAGACAGCCUGCAGGUCUCUGUGGAUUAUCAGGGGUGUGACUGUGGCUGCAGCCGGACGGCCAACACCAACAGCAGCAUCUGCAGCAACAUAGGUACCUAUAACUGCGGGACGUGUCACUGUGAGCCGGGGUACCUGGGCGCUCGCUGCGAGUGUCAGGAGGGCGAGUCGGGUAGCUCGUACCUGAGCGCCUGUCGCGAGGCGGAGGGCAAGCAGGUGUGCAGCGGGCGGGGCGAGUGCAGCUGCAACCAGUGCCUCUGCUACGAGUCCGAGUUUGGGAAGAUCUACGGGAGCUACUGCGAGUGUGACGACUUCUCCUGCGCCCGACACAAAGGCAUCCUCUGCUCAGGUCACGGUGAAUGUCACUGCGGGGAGUGUAAAUGCCACGCAGGCUUCAUCGGGGACAACUGUAACUGCUCCACGGAGACGUCCAGCUGCAUCGCGGACGACGGGCAGAUGUGCAGCGGCAGAGGGAGCUGUGUGUGCGGCCGCUGUCAGUGCAGCGAGCCGGGGGCGUUCGGAGACACCUGUGAGAAGUGCCCCACCUGCCCCGAUGCAUGUGGCACCAAGAGGGAGUGUAUCGAGUGCAGACUCUUCAACUCUGGACGGCUCGCGGAUAACCAGACCUGCCAGCGCCUCUGCAAGGAUGAAAUCAUCACCAUGGAAACACUCGACACGGAGGACCCCGGCGCGGUGCUCUGUCUCUAUAAGACAGAAAACGACUGUGUCAUGAAGUUCACGUAUUCUGAACACGCCAGCGGACAAUCCAUCCUCACCGCUCUGAAAGAACCAGAGUGUGGUGGGGGUCCGGAUGCCAUGGUGGUGCUGCUGGCGGUGGUGGGCAGCAUCCUGCUGGUGGGGGUGGUGCUGCUCGCCGUGUGGAAGUUGGCGAUCACCGUUCAUGACCGGAGGGAGUUUUCACGUUUCCAGAGCGCAGGGUCACGAGCCCGCUUCGAGAUGGCCUCCAACCCUCUGUACAAGCAGCCUGUCACGACACAUUUUGUAGAAACAGAUUUCAACAUGUACAGGAAGUCCUACAACGGGGGGGUCCACUGAUCCCUCCAAGCGGGGCGCGGCAGGACCGGUCCGACGAAACUCAUCCCUGGAGGACACACUUCUCACCUGAUAACUCAAGUGACAUGAACUACACUUCCUGUUUCCAAGAGGGGAAAUCUGUGGCCUUUUUCUAUCUUUACGCAGGAGAUUCAAGCCUUCCACAGAGACGUGACCUUUUUUCUUCAUGACAGCACAACCGUCAGAGGAGCAGCAAAACAAAACAUGAACUCCUUGGUCUUGUUUAGAGAGUUAGCAGUGAGUUUGUCUGCAGUUACAAAAACAAAAAAAUAUGACUCCAACAUAAAACCACCAUUCAAUCUUUGCACAGAGCAGGCAGGCUUAUAUUUGUAUAUUUUUAUAAACACUAAAAAUGCCUUUUUUUUUGUUUUUUUAGUAUAAACUUUGCACCCAACAAGACUCAUGAUUCAAAUUCACAGGAUUAUUAAAAAGCACAUGUGUCUGAAGGUGGCUAUGAUGACGUUGUGGUACUACUAACAUUUACUAAGCAAUAGACUUCUUACCCUCAUUUUGCACAGAGAAUAUUAAGAGUCAAGUCUCGUAAAGAUUUACAUUUUCUUCGAUGUGUGUGUGUGUGUGUGUGUGUGUGUGUGUGUGUGUGUGUGUGUGUGUGUGUGUGUGUGUGUGUGUG